GGAGCCCAGAGCGGCUCUUUUAAUGAGGGUUGCGACGUCUCCCUCCCCGCACCCAUAAAGCAGCCGGGUGGGACGUCACCACUAAUUCGUUUCAGCGACGAUGGGAUAAAGGAGGGACAUUAAGAAAUAAAUCCCCCUCACGACCCUCGCUGAGCUCGCGGAUCGGUCCCCACGUAUUUACGCCACGAUUCCAGCCGCCGGGCGUGGAGCGACUUAGCGCCACGGCUCCUCCGAGGGGCGGCGGCCGAGCUGACGGGCUCCAGAAGCCCCAGAUCUCAUCUGCAUCUAACAGGCUGGUGACCAGGAUGCCCAGAGAAUUGUCCACAUUGUUCAUGCGUCACUGCUAGACACAUCCACCAGACACUCCUCCUCCCCAGUCUGCCCCACCUGUUGCUUAAGGACACGUCCCACCGCUUCUCCCGACAUCUGCCUGAUCAACUGUCCCUUCCUAGAGGACAGGAAGGAAGCAGACGCAUGAAAUCAUGCCAACAAUGGCCAAAUGGCAAUGAACAGUGACGCUGAGUUGACGUCAAAGACAGAUCACUGAAACGUCUGCAGCCCCUGUCUCCCCUGCUCUUCUCCCAGCACAGCCUGAAGCCCAACGCCACCUGUGAAAUCAUCUUGUCUUGAUUUGUUUUGAGGUCUUCAGACAGGACUUUUGGACAGCAGACACCAUGGAAGAUCACAUGUUCGGUGUUCAGCAGAUCCAACCCAAUGUCAUUUCUGUCCGCCUCUUCAAGCGCAAAGUGGGGGGCCUGGGAUUCCUGGUAAAGGAGCGGGUCAGCAAGCCACCCGUGAUCAUCUCUGAUCUGAUUCGCGGUGGGGCCGCGGAGCAGAGUGGGCUCAUCCAGGCCGGAGACAUCAUUCUUGCAGUCAAUGGCCGCCCCUUGGUGGACUUGAGCUACGACAGUGCCCUGGAAGUGCUCAGGGGCAUCGCCUCCGAGACCCAUGUGGUCCUCAUCCUGAGGGGCCCUGAGGGCUUCACAACGCACCUGGAGACCACCUUCAUGGGGGAUGGGACCCCCAAGACCAUCCGAGUGACACAGCCCCUGGGUGCCCCCACCAAAGCAGUCGAUCUAUCCCACCAACAACCGGCCAGCAAAGAGCAGCCACUGGCAGUGGAUGGGGCCACUGGUCCUGGGAACGGGCCUCAGCAUGCCCAAGACAGUGGGCAAGAAGCCACCUUGCUCUCCCACACCAACGGCCUGGCUCUCCAGGCCCCAGGCCAGGACCCUGCCAAGAAAAGUGUCAACGUUGAUCUCCAAGGCAGCCAGGAGCACAAUGAGCUGCUCCGAGAAAUAGAGCCUGUGCUGAGCCUCCUCACCAGUGGGGGCAGUAGAGGGGCACCUGCCAAGGUAGAGAUGAAAGACACCGGAGUCCAAGUGGACAGAGACGUGGACAGCAAGUCACACAAAGCUCUGGCCCUUGGCGGGGAAAAUGACCGAGUCUUCAAUGACCUGUGGGGGAAAGGCAACGUACCCGUCGUCCUCAACAACCCAUAUUCAGAAAAGGAGCAGCCCCCUGCCUCAGGCAGACAGUCCCCCACCAAGAAUGGCAGCCCCUCCAAGUGCCCCCGCUUCCUCAAGGUCAAGAACUGGGAGACUGACGUGGUUCUCACAGACACCCUCCACCUUAAAAGCACACUGGAAACGGGCUGCACGGAGCACAUCUGCAUAGGCUCUGUCAUGCUGCCCUCUCAGCACACACGAAGGCCCGAAGAUGUCCGCACCAAGGACCAGCUCUUCCCCCUCGCCAAAGAGUUCCUGGAUCAGUACUACUCAUCAAUUAAAAGAUUUGGCUCCAAAGCUCACAUGGACAGGCUGGAAGAGGUGAACAAGGAGAUCGAAAGCACCAGCACCUACCAGCUCAAGGACACAGAGCUCAUCUAUGGGGCCAAACAUGCCUGGCGGAAUGCCGCCCGCUGCGUUGGCAGGAUCCAGUGGUCCAAGCUGCAGGUGUUCGAUGCCCGCGACUGCACCACAGCGCAUGGGAUGUUCAACUACAUCUGCAACCACAUCAAGUAUGCCACCAACAAAGGGAACCUCAGGUCAGCCAUCACCAUAUUUCCCCAGAGGAUGGACGGCAAGCACGACUUCCGAGUCUGGAACUCCCAGCUCAUCCGUUACGCCGGCUACAAGCAGCCUGACGGCUCCAUCCUGGGGGACCCCGCAAAUGUGGCAUUCACAGAGAUAUGCAUCCAGCAGGGCUGGAAACCUCCGAGGUGCCGCUUCGAUGUCCUGCCGCUCCUGCUCCAGGCCAAUGGGAAUGACCCCGAGCUCUUCCAGAUCCCGCCCGAGCUGGUGCUGGAAGUGCCCAUCAGGCACCCCAAGUUUGACUGGUUCAAGGACCUGGGCCUGAAGUGGUACGGCCUCCCUGCUGUGUCCAACAUGCUGCUGGAGGUCGGCGGCCUGGAGUUCAGCGCCUGUCCCUUCAGCGGCUGGUACAUGGGCACCGAGAUCGGCGUCCGAGACUACUGUGACAGCUCUCGCUACAACAUCCUGGAGGAAGUAGCCAAGAAGAUGAACUUGGACAUGAGGAAGACGUCCUCACUGUGGAAGGACCAGGCGCUGGUGGAGAUCAACAUUGCCGUCCUCUUCAGCUUCCAGAGUGACAAAGUGACCAUCGUUGACCAUCACUCUGCCACCGAGUCCUUCAUCAAGCACAUGGAGAAUGAGUACCGCUGUCGGGGUGGCUGCCCAGCCGACUGGGUGUGGAUCGUGCCCCCCAUGUCUGGCAGUAUCACCCCCGUCUUCCACCAGGAGAUGCUCAACUAUCGACUCACGCCCUGCUUCGAGUACCAGCCUGAUCCUUGGAACACCCACGUCUGGAAAGGCACCAAUGGGACCCCCACCAAGCGACGAGCCAUCGGCUUCAAGAAGCUGGCAGAAGCCGUCAAGUUCUCGGCCAAGCUGAUGGGGCAGGCCAUGGCCAAGAGGGUCAAAGCCACCAUUCUCUACGCCACAGAGACAGGCAAAUCGCAAGCCUACGCCAAGACCUUGUGUGAGAUCUUCAAACAUGCCUUCGAUGCCAAGGUGAUGUCUAUGGAGGAAUACGACAUUGUGCACCUGGAGCAUGAAACUCUGGUCCUGGUGGUGACCAGCACCUUUGGCAAUGGGGACCCCCCUGAGAACGGAGAGAAAUUCGGCUGUGCGUUGAUGGAAAUGAGGCACCCCAACUCUGUGCAAGAGGAAAGGAAGUACCCGGAACCCUUGCGUUUCUUUCCCCGUAAAGGGCCUUCCCUCCCCCGUGGUGACACUGAAGUCCACGGUCUGGCUGCAGCCCGUGACAGCCAGCACAGGAGCUACAAGGUCCGGUUCAACAGUGUCUCCUCCUACUCUGACUCCCACAAAUCAUCGGGCGAUGGGCCUGACCUCAGAGACAACUUUGAGAGUGCUGGACCCCUGGCCAACGUGAGGUUCUCAGUAUUUGGCCUCGGCUCCCGGGCUUACCCGCACUUCUGCGCCUUCGGACAUGCUGUGGACACUCUCCUGGAAGAGCUGGGAGGGGAGAGGAUCCUGAAGAUGAGGGAGGGGGACGAGCUCUGUGGGCAGGAAGAGGCUUUCAGGACCUGGGCCAAGAAGGUCUUCAAGGCAGCCUGCGAUGUGUUCUGCGUGGGGGAUGAUGUCAACAUCGAGAAGGCGAACAAUUCACUCAUCAGCAAUGACCGAAGCUGGAAGAGAAACAAGUUCCGCCUCACCUAUGUGGCUGAGGCACCAGAACUCACACAAGGUCUUUCCAAUGUCCACAAAAAGCGAGUCUCCGCUGCACGACUCCUGAGCCGUCAGAACCUGCAAAGUCCUAAAUCCAGCCGAUCAACCAUCUUCGUGCGUCUGCACACCAACGGAAACCAGGAGCUGCAGUACCAGCCCGGAGACCACCUGGGGGUCUUCCCUGGCAACCAUGAAGACCUUGUGAAUGCCCUCAUCGAGCGGCUGGAAGAUGCACCCCCUGUCAACCAGAUGGUCAAGGUGGAACUGCUAGAGGAGCGGAACACGGCUUUGGGCGUCAUCAGUAACUGGAAGGAUGAGCCCCGCCUCCCUCCCUGCACCAUCUUCCAGGCCUUCAAGUACUACCUGGACAUAACUACACCACCCACACCCCUGCAGCUGCAGCAGUUCGCCUCCCUGGCCACCAACGAGAAGGAGAAGCAGCGCCUGCUGGUCCUCAGCAAGGGGUUGCAGGAGUAUGAGGAGUGGAAGUGGGGCAAGAACCCCACCAUGGUGGAGGUGCUGGAGGAGUUUCGGUCCAUCCAGAUGCCAGCCACCCUGCUGCUCACCCAGCUGUCCCUGCUCCAGCCUCGCUAUUACUCCAUCAGCUCCUCCCCGGACAUGUACCCUGACGAGGUACACCUCACCGUGGCCAUCGUCUCCUACCACACCCGAGAUGGAGAAGGACCAAUUCACCACGGCGUGUGUUCCUCUUGGCUCAACCGGAUACCGGCUGACGAAGUGGUCCCCUGUUUUGUGAGAGGCGCACCCAGCUUCCACCUACCCCAAAACCCCCAGGUCCCUUGCAUCCUGAUUGGCCCGGGCACCGGCAUCGCGCCCUUCCGGAGCUUCUGGCAGCAACGGCAAUUCGACAUCCAGCACAAAGGAAUAAAUCCCUGCCCGAUGGUCCUGGUGUUCGGGUGCCGGCAAUCGAAGAUAGAUCACAUCUACAGGGAGGAGACCCUGCAGGCCAAGAACAAGGGGGUCUUCAGAGAGCUGUACACAGCCUACUCCCGAGAGCCGGACAAACCAAAGAAGUAUGUGCAGGACAUCCUACAAGAGCAGCUGGCAGAGGCCGUGUACCGAGCCCUCAAGGAGCAAGGGGGCCACAUCUACGUCUGCGGGGACGUCACCAUGGCCGCUGAUGUCCUCAAAGCCAUCCAGCGCAUCAUGGCUCAGCAGGGGAGAUUCUCAGAGGAGGAUGCUGGCGUGUUCAUCAGCAGGCUGAGGGAUGACAACCGGUACCAUGAAGAUAUUUUUGGAGUCACCCUGCGCACGUAUGAAGUGACCAACCGCCUUAGAUCUGAGUCCAUUGCCUUCAUUGAAGAGAGCAAAAAAGACGCUGACGAGGUUUUCAGCUCCUAACUGGACCCUGUUGCCCGAGGGAUGGCAGGCGGCACCCCAAAUGCAGGGGUGGCUGUGGCUUUCCUGAGCACGGACACGCGGCUGAACCCUUCCGCUGGGACCCACAUGGCCCCACUCCACCUCUCAUCCUGGUUUCCCUCCUCCUCGAGGUUCUGCCCCUCCGUGGUGUCCUCGGCCCUCCUGGGUUUUCUCCUUGAGUUCUCUGCUGCAAUGCGAUGCCUUUAUGACCCGCAGUGGCUCCUACACAACCGUGUCCUCCCUGCUUCCUGGCUGCCCAAAGCAAAUCGCGGGCGGGUGCAUGAAACCAUUGGACCGUGGCCAUCGCUCCUGUUAGAGUUUGUCCUCGGGGGUCCCCUGGAAAGGCUGUGGGCACUGGACAGAAGUCUGAGCCAGUCUCUCUGCUGCUCAAGUCCCUCUGAUCCUUUCUUAGGAUGGCGUUUUGGUCUUGCAUGUGUGUCCGUGCGUGCGGCAGGCCCGGGGCUCCAUGUGUCCUUUGCCUGUGCAAAUGUGUUCAUCUUAGAUCUGAGUCCACUGCCUUCGAGGAAGACCCUCGGCGCCAAGCAAUGUGCCCCUGGCCCGUGUGAAUUCCUCGUGUGUCCUUAAUUCAGGGUCUGCACCGAUGUCCCUCGCUGGGAAAUGAACCUCCCGCACAGCCAGGGGUCCCAGAUGCGACCAUACUCAUGGGCUCUCUCCAAACAUCUCACCCACAAGGCCCAGAACUACUGCUGUCUGGGAAUAAGGAUCUUCCUACUGUGCCACUGGGUGACCUGGGAUGAGUCCCUUGUCCUCAGUUUCCCCUAAUCUUAUUAUGAACCUGAAGAAUAUGAAUGAAUUGAACAUUAACAUUUUGGAGCCUAGAAGUAAUGUUAAGGAGGAAGGUGAUUGGUUUUGUUUGGUUUUGUUUUUAAUUCAUCCAGGUGGGACUUGCUGAUUCAGCCUUGGGAUAAAAUAACCAAAGCUGGUUAAAAGGGAUCAGGUGGAAGCAGGAUGUGGCGGUGCAUGCCUGUGAUUCCAGCACUCUGGGAGGCUGAGGCAGGAGGAUUGCAAGUUUGAGGCCAGCCUAGGCAAUUCAUAGGCUCAGCAAGACCCUGUUUCAAAGUUUAAAAAAGGGCUGGAGAUGUAGCUCAGUGCAAAAGCCCUGGAUUCAAUCCUCAGUCCCAGUACCACAAAUAAAAGAGGUGAGGGGGACCAAGUGGAGAGAAGUAGCAUAAUAAGGAGCCCCCUCUCCAGGUGGAAAAUGUAUAGUCCUUAGACUUGCAACCCUCUAACAUUGAUCUCCUCAUUCUUUAACCUGCUAAAAGAAUUUUAACCAAUAUCCUUGAUUCAUCCAGAAAGUGGACAGCAAAAUCUUCAGCAGGAAUCAGGGCCAAUCCAGCUUCUCUCUCAGCAGUCUGCUGUAUUUACCCUCUCAGAGUAAUUGGGAUUGGAGGGAGGGUCCCUCCUGCACAUAAACACUAAAAAUCAAUAUCAGGCAGCACCCAGAGAAAGCCAAGAAAUCCCUGUGACCUCCAGCCUUGAAGGAUGGGAAUUGACGUGGGGUCCCUAGGUCUGUAAUUCUGUCUUGUUUUGUUUUGUUUUGUUGGACAGGCUGUUUCCUUUAUGUCCUGUGCACAGGUUUUCUUUCUUGAUGCUCAGUUUGGGGCCUGCCAGUGAGAAAAUGCCAUGGCCCUCUUGAGAAGGGAACCAACAUUCUAAGGGUUCCAACUCUGCGAUUCUUGAAGGACAAACCAUGUCCUCUUUCCACCCUCAUUAGUGGCCCACUGGUGCCCCAGCCCUGGCAUGCCAAAUUUCCCCCAGUUGUAUUCUCGCCUGCCUCCCUUUAACCCCAGUUUUUUCCUGCUCAGUCCUCCAUGGCUAUAGAGACUAAGCACUCAGCACCCCAGUGUUGACCUUGCCAACCUGAAGGGAAGCCAACUGGAACCACCUCCUCUCCUGCCAAUACAGUGCUGGAUCCUAGUGACUUUCCUCCCAGGAGCUUUCUUCUCAUAUCUUUGAACCUUUGGGGACACUCGCUAAGAUGUCACUGUUUCCCCAAGACUGAACUGCUAUGUCCAGCCUCCACCAAAGAGGAAUCGAUUAGAACUCCCCUCUGCGACAAGCUCUGUGCAAGGAAGUUUUUCACUGCUGAAUAAGAAGCACUUACUGUAUGCCCGACAGCUCCUUCCUGUAUGUCCCUGCCCUUCUAGUAGCAGAUGAAAACAUCCCUUUAUUUGUCACAGUCCAAAGACAUGACUAUAUAACCAGACUUUUUUUUUUAAGUAAAGAACUUUCAACUCAUAACACAAGCUGCAGAAUACAGGAGACAGAGCUAAUACAUUUCUUUCAUUUGCCGGGAUUCCUGGUACCAGAAAACUGGGCUGUCAGGAAAGUCCCAUCCAGGGUGGCCAAAUACUGCCCUCUGCUGGUGGUUUUUAGUUAGCGCCAUGGCCAACAAUAGCGAAACGGGUGGUUAGCAAUAGGUGAGCAAAAAUAGGGUGCACUAAGUAUUUGGGAGUUCUCAGGGUUGUGACCCAUUUCUUUCCAUUUCCUCCCUAAACCGGCCUACAGUGUUUCUGACCCCACUUCAUGGAAGUGGGUGUGAGCAAGAGGAAUGAACUACUCCCAGAAUGGGGACCCUGGAACAUCAAGCUCUACUGUGAUUGUGUUCCGCUGUGACUCCAGGCCCUGCCCUGUGUGCAGACGGGCAGAGGAAGUUACCCCCUGGAAGGAGAGGGGGUUUUUCCUGGGUGUCCUUGGGCAAGACAGCCAGCCAUCUUUCUUUGAAGGGAGACACAGAUCCAACCAAAUGGAGUUUUGGAAGAGGACCUGAGUGCAGAUCCUAACUCUGCCCCCAUUUAUGCAGAUGGCUGCGAACUGGCUACCUGACCUUCCUGAGCUAUGGAUCCACCUGUGCAAGGAGGCAGAUGUAUGAGACAAGCCCAGUUACAAUAUCCAGCCCAAACAUUAGCCCAGUUUUCAUUUUUCACUUUUUCACACACCUUGAUUCUCCAGUAGGUGGAAGGCACCAUGGUGUAGACCAAGAUGAGGAGAACACAGUUGUGUUCCUGCAGAAGGUUAGAACCUGGUGGGUAGAGAUGCCAGUCUCAGAAUUGACACAGGUGUCUGGGGUCUGAGCAAUGAGUGGGAUUUCACAGGUAGACUUUGGAAGGCAAGAGUCUGGCAGGGAUGGAGAGAAUAAAGAGGAACAAUGCGGACCAGGGGAAUCAGAGCUGGAUUGGAAGGCUGGGGUGGGGAAAGGGAAGAGCUGAGGAAAACAGGCAGCAGCCAGACAGUGAGAGAGUAGGUAAAUAUCGCAGGAUUUCGGUUUUAAUUAGCAGGGAACAGGGAGUCCUUGAGGGUGGUUUGCUUUGCUUUUACAAUACAGAGGGUCAAACUCUCAGGUGAUCUACCAGCCCUUUUUAUUUUUUAUUUUGAGACAGAGUCUCACUAAGUUGCCCAGGGUGGGUUCAAAUUUGAUCUCUUCCUGCCUCAGCUUCCCCAAUGCUAGUAUGACAGGUGUAUCCCACCACACUGGGCUCUUACGGGUACUUUCUGAAAGGGAAAUUAAGGUGGCAGGAGUUAGCUUGGGAAAAGAGGUUCUGGCCUUAGCUUAGAGCAGGGGUGGCUUAACUGUGAGUCACUGGUGGGUCACUGCAUUGCUGAGAUUCCAGGGGCUGAAUGUGAGGACCUGAUGCUCUGUCCAGUAGAAAGUGAGGACCGAGAAAUCAGAGCCUUACCUCUAUUUGGGAAGGGAAGCUGGUCAUAAAGGACGGCCCCAGGGAAGGUGGGUUUGUGGGGCAUAUGUGAUGGCCAGCUUCUCCCAGAGCUCAGGGUGACACCUGCCAAUGUCUAGCCAAGUCUAGAUACACAGAAAGAAAAGUGACCCCCAGUCAAUAGACACUGGUUUAAGAACACUGGGUUUUCUUGCCAAACAUUCCGUGCAGCCACCUGCUUCAGGCUUCCAAGGAGGACAGGCUUUGCCCUAAACCCAAAGCCAAGAGAAGUUUUCUGACCUAGAUCACGGGGCAAAUGGUUCCUGCUGAGCUGGGCAAGCUAAUGUCUGGGCCCCUGCACCCCUACAGUAUCAGCUCACAGCCCAGCCUCCCUAGUCUCACCAUUGGAGAACCAAUUGCGCCCUGCUCAGCCAUGUUUGCUUAUUUCUAUCUGACCAGGGGCCUUGCUUUCCAAAGCCUCGAUAUAAGUGAUCCCCCUGACAUGGACUUGGCCUUUGGGGGCCGAUGCUGGCCUGGGGCUCGCUCUCUCUCUUUUUUUUUUUUGGUACUGGGGAUCUAACUCAGGACCUUGUGCUUGCAAGGCGGGAGGCAGAACCACUGAGCUAAAUCUCCAGUCCUGGGCCUCUCUCUUCUACUCACCCCUCCUUGUCCACUGCCAGACUCACCAGCGACAGAGGAACCAAAAGGAAAAGCUGCCUCUCCCCAAACCUUGCUUAUCUGAAAUAUAAGAACCCAGGUACCCUCUUGCCAUCUGUUUUCAAUUACAGGUUGAUCACCCCUGAUCUCAAAAUCCAAAAAGCUCCAAAAUUCAAAACUUUUUGGGCACCAACAUGACACCCACGGUGGAAUCAUCUUAUGUAUAAAAUUACUUAAAAUAUUCCAUAAAGCCACCUCCAGGCUGUGAGUAUAAGAAGCAUAAGUGAAUUUCAUGUCUAUACCUGAGUCUCAUUAUGGGUACCAUCGCUAAGAUAUCUGCUUCAUAAACAUUGCAAAAUCCAAAAAUUCCAAAAUCUGAAAUACUUCUGAUCCCAAGAAUUUCAGCUAAGGGACACUCAACCUAUAAUACUUGUAAGGGAGGUGGCCGGGCAUCGACAUGUCUUAGUGUGUUUAUGGAUUUGUUUCAUCCACAAGUAUCUAAACAGUUCUCGUUAAGCAAGACAUCUGGUCCACCCCAGUCAGUCAUUGACGUGGUGGCCCUGGCAGGCAGAGGCAAAUGUGCCUUAAGGCAGUCUUUUAGACAAUGACUCCAGGACAUUGAAAGUGCCCACAUUUGGUUGCUAAGCUACAGACAACUGCAGCCCAGGACCCAAGAGCUCCAGCAUUGUUGGUGUUUGGAGCUGGAUUGUCCUUUGUCAUGGGGGCUGUCCUGAUAUUAUAGGAUGAUGAGCAGCACCUGGGGCCUCCACCUAUGAGAUGCCGAUUGAAACAAUCAAAUAGGUCAUCAGACAGUGCCCAGUGCCACCUGGGAGGGCACUAGCUCCACACACACCCCUUAGAUAAGCACUACUGGUCUUGGACGAAGGGACAAGAGAUGCCUGUGGCCACCCCAGGACUUCUCAUGAUAGACCUUCUGGGCAUGACUAAUAGAGCUUUCCUCCACCCCGUGGUUAUUUCCUUUAUCUGCCACCACACUGAGACUUGCGGAUCUGUAGGGAAGAAAGCACUGUGGUUUCACAAACCCCUUCCAAGCCAGAAGGACAGAUGAUUCCGUGUGGAGAAGAUGCUGCGUCCUUGACAUUUGCUCCAACAAAGACCCCCAUGGCCCAGUGCUCUCCCUCUGGGUCUGAGGCUCCUGUGCCCUGCACUGAGCCUCCACCAUUUUUGCUAUUGUGUUGUCACUGUUGGCUGUCAGACCCACUCCAGGCCCAGAGAGUGAGACUGGUAGCUCUGUGGCUGCACCCAUGGUUGUCCAUUCUGGGGAUGGGGAGGCUGGUGGGGUGGGUGGAGCUGGGGUCCCAUCUCACCACGCACGCGCUGUCUAAGACUCACAUGUCCCCUACCUCUGAGCUCUCGAUGCUGCUAAUCUCUGCCAAGUGUCCCGUGUGCUCUAGAACCUUCCUCCAAAGACCAACGUCACCCCCCCACACACUCCUCGAGAGGUUGUCCAGGCUCCGUUUGCCGCAUGCUCUUCUUCUGUAUAGUUCUCAUCUUCUAAUUUUAUGGGAUUCAACAAAGUCUAUUUAUGCCUGUUUGCAUUAUGGUUAAAAUAUUAAAAAGUGGACUCAA